AUGUCGUCAUCUUCUUUAUUUUUUCUUAGUAUUACACUGUUAGUUCUAAUACUAACAGUUGAAUCAGUUUAUUAUGCAUAUUCAUAUGAUGAUGGGAAUAAUAAUGAAGAACAUUGCUGUCUGGUACGAGUCCAUGAGAAAUUUUGUAUAGCGAGACCAAUAACACGUAGCUUAGUACAAGUUAAUAAACGAUGUCAUCGAGUUGACAGAUCUCAACAUCACCGAUUUGGCAGAAAGAAUAGAAAUGAACAAUAUUUAGAUAAAAUUUUACGUCGUUUAAAUGUACAAACGUCACAAGAAGUUGGUGAUAAAAUACUUAUUGAAUUACAAACACCAUUAGAAAAAAAAGUACUUGACAAUGAUCUUAUAUGUUUACAAUCAACUAAUAAAAAUAUGAAUUUAGACAAAUGUUAUGUAGAAAUAGUUGACGAAUUAGAUGAUGAUAGCGAUAACGACGAUGAUGAUGAUGAUCAUCAUCAUCAUCAUAAGUCACACAGAUUGCAUAAACGACGACGAUAUGGUCAUCAUCGUCAUCAACAUCGUCAUCAACAUCGUCAUCAUUAUGAUCGCAAGAAACGCGCUGUUGAUAUAGACGAUCAAGAAGAAGACAAUACUAUUAAUCAUAAUAAAAAUACUAAAGAAAAUGAAGCUGAAAAAGAAACAACUCGAAUUGAAUUAAAUCAACCAAUUCGUAUUCGUGAAGGUCAUGGUUUUUUAAUGCGUCAAACAUAUAAAAUUAAUCCUAGUAAUAUUCGACCAACAAAUCGUCAACAUCGUCAAUGUUGGUCAUGGUAUCGUAAACAAACACGAAAAAUACGUUAUAAUCCAUCAAAACAUACAAAAUCUUGUAUUAAUUUAAAUGAUCAUCUUGAAAAAUGUAUUAAUCAACUUGUUCAUAAUAGAUUAAAUACAAAUGAAAUAGAUAAUUAUCAAGAACAACAAAAUAUGAAAAAUUCUUUUUCAAUAGGAUCAAAAUUAUAUUGUGAAAAUCAAGCCGGUUAUAAUAAAUUAAUUGGUUAUUAUCAUUAUAGUGAAGUAUGUUUUUCUACAGAUAAUGAAAUUAAUAUUGAACGUAAAUUUAUCGAUAUAACUGGUUUAUCUGAUAUGAAAAAAAACAGAGAUACACUUGAAUUUAUAGCACAAAAUAAAAAAUUAACAGCUGAAUUUGAAGAUGAUUGUCAUGAUACAAUAACAUUAGCUGAAAUAGAUGAAUUAGAAAAAAGAAAAAGCAAAAAAUAA